AUGGAUAAAAUCUGCCGCUUGUGUUCCCAAAAGUCACCGCUUUUAACAUCAAUAUUUUCAUUCCAAAUGGAUCGUCUCUUAUCAGAUAUGAUUCUUAUCAUAUGUCCGAUAAAAAUUGACGCUUCUGAUGAAUUACCAAAAAGUAUCUGUAAAGCAUGUCUAAAGCUUAUUUUGGAUGCAAUUUCAUUAAGAGAACGAAGUGUCAAAAGUGACUUAAAGUUCAGAAGCAACAGCUUAGCAAUGGAAACGCCAGAAAUGGUUAGAAUUAAUCAAGAUUUAGAUCCAUUUUAUAGCACGACAUUUUUCGAGUCUGAUUCAGAAAAUGAGAACGAAGAAGAAAGUAAGGAACAAAAUAAGAAAAAAAUCAGGAAGUCAGCACCAGAAAUAAAGGAUGUUGACAAUGAAAAUUCAAAUUCUGACAAUUAUUCGGAAUCAACAUCCGAAUACAAGAACAUAUCAGCAUAUGAGCCGCCAUGGAAAAAGUCAAAAAAAUACCAACCGCAUGGUAAAGGACGUUACAAGUGUCCAAAAUGUACAGCAACAUUUACAUUCCCAACAAAUGUCCGACGACACAUUAAGCAAGUUCAUAGUGAUGAAGAUCCAAAGCCACAUCAAAUUAGAAAACCAAAGUCAUCGUAUACAACAGAUUCAUUGUGUUGUGCUGUCUGUGGCUUGUCAUUUACAAAUUCAUCAAAUAUGCGACGACACAUACGAAACAUUCAUUCAGGUGAGACUUUAAAGAGACUUGAAGAUGGUGACUAUGGGAAUGAUGACAGUGAGGAGCAAAUUUGUCUGAGCGAUAUAAAGAAAGAACAUAAUAAGAGUGGUCUCAUAGUGCAGAAUGUCACUUCUUUUGGACUUAUUGAUAGUGUUCGUGAUCCAGAUCCAGCACAAAAACAUAUAAACCUAAAAUCAAGAAGAUCUUCAGAAGAAGACCAAAAAAAGUUUGACGAGUCAGGCGAUUUAACAAAAAAGUACUUUUGGCAGCAAAUUAACAAAAGGUUUACAAAAUAUGUCGUCGUCAUUGGCGAGGAUCCUAAUAGAACUUUUACUUACCGAUGCUUGCUGUGUGAAAAAAAUGGCAAAGACAAAACUUUUGAGCAAUCGGUUAGCAAUGAAAGUAUGUCUAAUUAUAAACGACAUUUAAGGACGAUCCACAAAAUUCAGUCUGAGCAAUUUAAGAAGGGCAAAUGUGGUGUGUCUAAAAGGAUUAAGAUUGAAAAUGAUGUCGAAAAAGAAGAAGAUGGCGAUGAUGGGGAUGAGGAAUCAAAUUUAACGCUGUCGAUUCUCAGUAAUAAGAAUGAGGAUAAGGCACAGAAUGAAGAUGUACAGAAAGCGGAGGCGGAACCAGUCUUUAAAAAUGGAUUUAUUACAGGUUUUUUGAAUACUAAUUAAAUUGAAGUUGUGAGAUUAUUUUCAAAGUUUGACAGCAAUUUUGUUUGUCUUGCUUAAUUGAUCAAUUUGUGAUAAAUGUGAGUCAGCAAACUAAAACAAAUGAUUUUCGUUGUCCUGGAUUUAAUGACGGCAUUCACUACAAAGGGUUUUUAAAACACCAAGGUCUUGCCAGUCUUGUUUAUAGUUGCAAUUUUUG